UCAAGAUGGCGGACGAACCGUUAAACAAGGAGGUAAACCGUGACGAUAAAGAUCCGCUGUCAUUCUUUUCUGCCGGAGAUUCCAGCUCGACCUCAGACUCUGAAAACGAAAGCGAUGUUAGGGAUGACGAUCAAGACAAAUUGAAAUCCAAGAGCCCAGCAGGUAAUGCAUCAGCACUCAAGACAAAGCUUCCUUCACCGACGACUUUGUUCGCAACAGUUGGGAGACCAGCUUUCCUUGAAACUAAAGAGGAGAGCUACGUCGAUUGGAACUCGCUGUCAAAACGAUACGAACCAAACACUUAUUCAGCUCCUCCCGUACAAUUUCCUCCUGUGACGGAAAGCAGCAGAGAUAGUGAAGAAUACGAAGAUGCUGUCAUUUCUUCUGCUCCAGUCAAAUACGGCAAGGAGAUCUCUGACAUACAAAAGCACUUAGUUGUUCACGAAAAAAGAUCAGUCACUACCGCCUUAAACAUCUUGAAAGAAAGAGGUAAGAUACUACACCCAAGAAUGGCUUGUCGUUAACGUUGCUAUUUCUGGGACAAAUUUUCUCUGCCUCUCUUGCAGAGAAGCUUUUCAUUGUUUCGUAUUCCUCAAGCUCUCAGUAACAAAAGCUUGCUUGUAAACGGCUCUAUAGAGUGUGUGCCCUUUCUAGAGGGUUGAGGUAAAACAAACAACAAACAAACAAACAAAUAAAAAAAUAAGCAAAAAAAGUAUCUCUUCUCAUAGUCUUCUUCGCCACCGUCACUUUGACUCUCUUUAGCGUCGUGUAGAUUGAUGUAUUCGAACUAUGGUUACAAAGGAGACUACGCUUCUCGUAAAGGGAACAAAUAUUAGGUUUGGAAUACACUUCUUAUAAGCUGUUGUCGCUGAGUUUGUGUGUAUGAACUUGAGAAGCGUUCGAAAUUGUUCUCGAUCAUAUGCUUGUUCGUGAAUUGUUUUUCUUUUAAUCAAACCAGCUCAGGUAAAAGAGAGAGGCGGAAAUACUCAUUGCUUUGAAAUUUGUUCUUUUAGGAGAAAGUGCUCCAAAGAAACAGAAAACGGAAAAUUUUAAGCAAAAAGAGAAAAGAAAACGCGAUCAAGGACAGACUUCUAGAGGAAAGAGUUAUGUGGAGGAAGAAAAGAGAAUAUUACGCCAAGACUUUGCUGCUGAUUAACCAUUACUCACUAUACGCGGUGGCCGUCAGACGCCUGCUAAAUGACUCGAUAACCUUUGUUUCAAGUUUCGGAAGAAAAGAUAUCCCAAAUUGCACUUUUUCUACCGUGAAGUCAAGGGUUACACUGGAUACAAGCUUCGUGUGUGAAAAAAGAGAUUUUAAUUCAUGAAUCGAGAUAUAUUACGUUUUUGACCGAAAUGUAGAGAACCCUUUUACAUGUGAAACACAAGCAAGCUUUAAAUUUUAGUUCAUAGGAUACUGCUAAAGGGGUUCGAAACACUAGCAAUAAUAUCCUCUCUCUAUGCACAAUCAUUUUGUAAUUAUAGACACCAUAAUCUUCUGCUGUCGACUCUGUCCACUUUUUUUAAUUCGCUAUGAAUUAUAAUUUGGGAAUUUCAAAUGCUCACCUCAGCCUCUGGAUUCUAAGCCAGAAUAAAUUAAACCUCACUAAACAGAUCAUUACUUCUCGUCAAUAAUUUUUUUUCUACAUUUUCUG